CAUACGCCAAUAACGCGCAAGACAUUGUGGCCCGCGCGGCAACUACAGUGACCCCCAAAACCGACACCAGCAAACCUUUACAUGGUGGGCUACAAAUCGCCUUUCCCACUUCGAUCCACCCUGGUUUCAACCUGUCUUCUUAGGCCUCACAUCGUCUUCCCAUAACUCAACCGUCUUGCCCGAAUCAUCGAGUCCUAGAUACAUAUCCUAUAUAUCCCAAGCGCCCAUAAAUCUGCCCAUCAUGAGCGACGCAUUCGCCCCGCGCUCCAUGAAGCGCAAGAAUGUUAAAGGCCUAGCAUUAACUCCCGCCGCCCCGAAACAAACCGCAUCCUCAAAUAACGACCAACCGGCUGGUUGGGGUGCUGGUGGUUCAAGAGCUGAUGAUGGCCAGGAGGCUCAGUUGGAAAUUGGUAUCGAGUUCAACCUAGACCUUCGGCAAGAGGAUAUUGAAAUCGUGAAGGAGCUUGGUUCGGGAAAUGGAGGCACCGUUAGCAAAGUCAAGCAUCUACCAACGGGUACGACGAUGGCUAGAAAGGUCAUCCACGUCGAAGCAAAAAAGGAACUACGGAAACGAAUUGUGCGCGAACUCCAGAUCAUGCACGGCUGCCAUUCCGACUACAUCGUAACUUUUUAUGGUGCGUUUUUGAACGAUCACAACGAUGUCAUAAUGUGUAUGGAGUAUAUGGACGUUGGAUCUCUCGAUAGAGUCUCUCGUCACUUUGGACCAAUCCGGGUUGACGUACUCGGCAAGAUCGCGGAGGCAACGUUGGGUGGUCUUACCUAUUUGUACUCCAAACUACAUAUCAUGCACCGAGAUAUUAAGCCCUCCAAUAUUCUGGUGAAUUCAAGAGGCCACAUUAAGCUUUGCGACUUUGGAGUAUCUGGAGAAUUGGUCAAUUCUAUUGCGGACACUUUCGUCGGUACUUCGACAUACAUGGCCCCUGAGCGAAUUCAGGGUGAGAAAUACACGGUCAAAUCAGACGUUUGGAGUUUUGGUCUAUCCAUAAUGGAGCUUGCUAUUGGAAAGUUCCCUUUUGCGAGCGAGCAAUUAUCCGAUGGGGAUGGGGCGCCAGCUGGUAUCUUGGACCUUCUCCAACAGAUUGUUCACGAGCCCGCCCCUAAACUACCUAAAAGCGAUGCUUUCCCUGCUAUCUUGGAAGAGAUGAUUCAGAAAUGUUUAUCAAAGGUUCCCGACGAACGCCCUACCCCCCAGGAGCUGUGGGAUCGAGACCCGUUUGUCCAGGCAGCAAAGCGUACACCUGUGGAUUUGAGAGAUUGGGCUGUCGGACUUAUGGAGAAAGACAACCGCAAGUCACACUUGGUUCCUCAACUUUCGCCAGCCACGAGAGAUCUAUUGCGAUCUAGCGAGUCUGAAAAUGACGGCAACGCUGCCUAUACACCUACAUCUGGUGAGAUCCCCAUCGCCGGCGCCAUCGCUUCACCAAGAGAUUCUCACCACCAAGGCCAAAACCGAUCGCCCACAAGGAAUGGUGGAGGAAGUAUCGGUCGCUCAUCCGGCUCUACCAUACAUCCAGGGCUUGGCCAACGAGCCGCAACCUCUGGAUCCAUCCCCAAAAUAACGACGGCAGAUCUUUCACAGCCAGCCAGUACUAACCUAGGCACUUCAUUCACACUUCCCGUAAGGCCUGCACCUCCAGGUGGGCCAUUGCCGCCGCCGCCACCGAGAAAGGAGACGCCGGAUGAGUUGCGUAAAGAAAACAGAAGGCAAGCCACGUUCGGCCCCCCGUCAAAUGGCAGCUACGGAAGCACCGGAUACCAGUCUCGAUAAAUAAAUAGGGUUGGUAUCUCAUCGUAUUGUAUACCUACCUAGGCAAUGUCACACGGU